GUUGCCGAGCUGCUGGAGAAGCUGCUGGAGGUAAGGGUAGAACCUCCGCGACAGCUUCCGUAAUGGAGAUUGAUUCGCUUGCCACCGAAAGCAUUAGUUGGAUAGACUCAUCCUCCUUUUCGUCGAUCCUCACGACAUUCAACACAAGGAGUUGGAAGUGCAUCGUGGUGGUGUUAGCUGUUCUCAUCAUUGUGCUCCUGAUUGUCGGUGGGUACUACUACUACACGACCACGGUCCAGCAGCCAGCCGUUACAACCACGACUGCAGAACCUACUGAAAUUCUUCGGCACUUCGCCGAAGCGGUGGUGUUUGCGUGA